AUGCCUGCCGGAAAUUCCGCCAAGACUCACCACUGCCCUGGUAUGAAGACGAUGGCGGGUAAUUGUCGCAUGGAGGGAAAAGCACCAAACAGAGGGCUCAAGUACUGCCUCACUCACCAAUGCUAUUGCCCCAUUUGCGCUGCUAGUCCAAGCAAUAAAGACUUCACAAUGCUUCGCGCUUCCGACUCCUGUACAGGCGGAUGUGGAUAUAAACAUCCAGAUCACAAGGAUAAUGUGAAAGCUCGUCAGGAUGCUGAGAAGAAGGCAAAGGAAGCUGCUGCAAAGGCAAAGGUUGAGGAUGGCAAGGCCAAGGUUGCUGCUCAGAAGGCAGCUGCGGCUGCCCGAAGAAAUGGCAGAUAG